UCCCGAUCCAACUACUCAAAACGCAACCCGGGCGCUUUCACCUCAGAGUAUCCCGUCUCGUCUCUUCCGAUCCUCACCGGCAACUGCGGCGCUUAAACCCUAAUCCCUAGGUCUAUGAGGUUUCGUACAUCUUGAUCAGGGUGACUUGAGAUCCUUGUUUGAUAAAUUGCACCGGUUGAACAGUUGGUUGGUCUUUUGGUUACCUGACCCAUCCUGCAGUAUGCCUGCAAUCAAAAGAUUAUAUGAUGCCUGUAAAAUGUCGUUCUCUGAUAAUGGACCCAUAUCUGCUGAAGCUCUUGAAUAUGUGCGGUCUGUUUUAGAUGAUAUUAAACCUUCUGAUGUGGGACUUGAACACGAGGCUCAGAUAGCACGAGGAUGGAAAGUUUCCAUGCAUGGUACAAAUGGGAGAAAAGGGCGUAAUGGGAGUAACCAAUAUCCACCUCCUAUCAAAUAUCUACAUAUACAUGAGUGUGAAAGCUUUUCUAUUGGGAUAUUUUGCAUGCCACCUUCAUCGGUUAUUCCACUUCAUAACCAUCCAGGAAUGACUGUGCUGAGCAAGCUUCUAUAUGGGACAAUGCUUGUCAAAUCAUAUGACUGGAUUGAUACAGAAGAACCCAUCGAUCCAUCCAAAGCUAGACCAGCAAAGCUUGUUAGAGAUGAUCAAAUGACUGCACCUUGUGGGACAACAAUCCUUUAUCCUACAAGUGGUGGCAACAUUCAUUCUUUCAAGGCAAUAACUCCUUGUGCUCUCUUCGAUGUUCUAUCACCCCCAUACUCAUCAAAAGAUGGGCGACAUUGCUCUUAUUUCAAGAAGUCAAGAAAAGAUUCAUCCGGUGUUUUGCCUAGUGGAAUAAAGGCUUCAGAUGUGAUUUGGUUGGAAGAGUGUCAACCACCGGAAAGUUUUAUCGUCAGAAGAGGGCCGUACAAGGGCCAGAUCGUCAAUAGUUGAUGAUAUCAGUCCACUGUAAUAUAAUUCAGAGUGGCUCCUUUAGCAGGGGGAGGGAAGCAUUGGCUGUGGAUCUCUUUAGUUGCUGUCAUAUGAUUUUUUUCUGAAGCUUUUUUUUUCCCCAAAAUAAUGACUCCUAAUGUAUAUUGUAGUCAGGAAGCUUGUUGUACAUCACUAGAUAUCUGGUAUAAUUUUUCUUGUUCAAAA